UGCGACCAGGAGAAUGGCGAAGACGCAGAACCUCAUUUUUGCUGGAUUGUUAAUAUUCAGCUCAGCUCAGUGGGCUUCAGGUGCAACAGAGGAUGAACUUUAUGCUGAUUACUGGAACAACAAAGCGAAACAAGCUCUUCACAAUGCCAUGAAUGUUCAGAAAAGCGUGACCCGAGCCAAAAACCUCAUCCUUUUCCUGGGGGACGGAAUGGGAAUACCAACAGUGACAGCUGCCCGGAUCCUCAAAGGCCAGAUGGAAGGAAGAUCGGGAGAGGAAGGAGGUUUAGUUAUGGACACAUUCCCGAACGUUGCCUUGUCCAAGACCUACAAUGUGGACCAGCAGAUGCCAGACAGUGCUGGCACAGCAACGGCAUACUUAUGUGGAGUGAAAGCCAACUAUGGGACCAUUGGAGUCACAGCUUCGACCCCAAGGGGUAAUUGUAGCGCUGUUUCUGGUAAUGAAGUCACAUCUAUUCUGCACCGUGCCAAGAAAGCAGGAAAAUCGGUUGGAGUUGUCACAACAACGAGAGUGCAGCAUGCCUCCCCUGCUGCCACCUAUGCUCACUCUGCUGACAGAAGCUGGUAUUCUGACUCCGACCUCACAGAAGAGGCUCUUGCAAAUGGCUGCCACGACAUUGCUUACCAACUGGUUCACAACACUGAGAUAGAUGUCAUUCUUGGUGGAGGUCGUGCAUAUAUGUUUCCCAGAACCGAAAAAGAUCCUGAGUAUCCGGAUGAUACUGGUGACCGGAAAGAUGGAAAGAAUCUUGUGCUUGAAUGGGAAAAGAACAAGACAAAUGCAAAAUAUGUUUGGAACAAAGCUGAUUUUGAUGCUGUUGACCCGCGAAAAACAGAUUUCCUACUAGGUUUAUUUGAACCCAAGGAUUGUCGUUACGAGUUGCAACGGGAUCCAUCCAUGGACCCCUCGCUUACAGAGAUGACGGAGAAGGCAAUCAGAAUUCUAAGUAAAAAUCCCAAAGGAUAUUUUCUGUUUGUGGAAGGGGGAAGAAUUGAUCAUGGUCACCAUGCAACCGAGGCGAAAAAGGCUCUCCAUGAAGCUGUAGAGUUUGAUCGUGCCAUAGGUCGAGCUGGCGAACUCACCAGUGAAUUGGACACACUGACUGUAGUCACUGCUGACCACUCCCAUGUCUUUUCUUUUGGGGGAUAUUCUGAAAGAGGAAACCCUGUUUUUGGAGUUUCUAGUAGUUUGGCAGACGAUGGCAAGCACUUUACUACUGCUGUUUAUGGUAAUGGCCCAGGAUAUCAGAUUGCCAAUGGAACACGCCCUGAUGUGAACGAUUCAGUUGCAUCAACGACUGGUUACAGACAGCAGACUGCCGUUCCUCUUGAUUCAGAGACCCAUGCUAUAGAAGAUGUGGCCAUAUUUGCAAAAGGACCAAUGUCUCACCUUUUCCAUGGAGUUCAGGAACAGAGUUAUAUCCCACAUGUUAUGGCGUAUGCUGCCUGCAUAGAGCCCUAUGAAGACUGUACCAUUCCAAGCAACAGUGGAGGAAUUCACCCCAGCAUGCUUCUCCUUCUGAUCGGCCUGCUGCUUACCGUCUGCUCUGCCUGAGAUAUUAAGAUGUUGGAAUUACUCCACACUCCAUAAAGUAUUAUUGAUACAAUCCUGUAAAGAACGUAAAUACUUUUCUAAUGUUCAUCUUUGUUCUAACAAAUGGCUUUUCGAGCCAUUCAGAUUAAAUUUUUUUUUUUUCUGUAUUGUGUCAGGAAAAGUAAUUAAAUGACUGCUGAACAGACUGGCUGCAAAU